AUGUCUUUCAAAAGGAUGAUCUCAACCUCAGCAGGUGAUUCCAUACACCAACAUUCUAACAUUUCAUUACAAAAAGUAAUGAGAGAAAUCUCUUAUAGCGAUAUAAGAGAUAAAAGAACACACAUUGUUUGCACAAUGGGACCAGCUUGUGGAAACGUAGAAACAAUAAUCCAAAUGGUUAAAUCAGGAAUGAAUAUUUGUCGAUUUAACUUCUCACACGGGAACCAUGAAACCCAUACCAAAACACUCAAUUUGGUAAAGGAAGCACUCAAAUCUGUACCAGAAGCAAAUAUUGGACUUAUGCUCGAUACCAAAGGACCUGAAAUCAGAACUGGAUUUCUUAAAAAUCACACCCCAAUCACACUCGAAGAAGGAAGUACCUUGAAAAUCACAACCGACUACACAAUUGAGGGCGAUGAGACUAUCAUUUCCUGUUCAUACAAGAAAUUGCCUCAGUCCGUAAAGGUAGGAAACAUCAUCCUAAUUGCAGACGGAUCACUUUCAUGCGAGGUAUUGGCAGUGUUUGACGAUUACAUUGAGGUUAAGGUUCUGAACAACGCUAAGAUAGGAGAGUACAAGAACAUGAACCUGCCAGGAGUGAAGGUUGAAUUACCAGUGCUGACCGAGAGUGAUAAGGACUACAUCCUCAACUUUGGAAUCCCAAACCAGAUGGAUUUCAUCGCACUCUCAUUCACACAGACAGCCGAAGAGGUAAAGUACGUUAGGGAGUUGCUUGGCGAAAAGGGCAAACACAUUAAAAUCAUCCCGAAAAUCGAAAACAUUGAAGGCCUAGCAAACUACGAUGAAAUUCUCGAAGCUUCAGAUGGAAUCAUGGUUGCUCGAGGUGACUUGGGUAUGGAAAUGCCAAUUGAAAAAGUUUGUCUGGCACAAAAAAUGAUGAUCAAAAGGGCAAAUAUGUGUGGAAAGCCGAUAAUAACAGCAACACAAAUGUUGGAAUCGAUGGUAAAUAAUCCAAGACCAACAAGAGCAGAGUCAGCAGAUGUCAUUAACGCAGUGUUGGACGGAUCAGAUUGUGUGAUGUUAUCAGGUGAAACAGCAGGAGGAAGGUUCCCAGUAGAAUGCGUUAAAAUAAUGGCCAAGCUGUGCUUUGAAGCAGAAAAUUGCCUCUCAACAAGAGAUUUGAUGGCUGAAAGUCUGCUCCUCAACUCCUCUCAGUUCACAGUUCAGGAAUCAAUUGCAAGGUCAGCAGUGUUCCUAUCAAUAGACAUUGAGGCGAAAAUGAUACUUGUAUUCACACAAACAGGAAGAGCAAGCCGUCUAGUCUCAAAAUACAGGCCGAGAUGUUUGAUACUAUCACUAUCUGAGGACAUACACGUCGUAAAGUCGCUGAGCAUCAGCAGAGCAGUAAUUUCAGUGCUUGUUGACAGCCUGGAAGACACCGACAGGAACGUAGAACACGCAAUCAACCAUGCAAAACUGAGAGAUAUGCUACGCAAGGACGAUUUGAUCGUAGUUGUUCACGGAGCAAGGGAGAAUGUAGCAGGGUCAUCAGACCUCAUCAAAGUUGUCAAAAUCCCGUAA